GAAUGGCGUCAUAAAUAGUUACUGACGUUGUUUAUAUUUGUGCAAAAAUAAUUUGUCGUUGUGAUACAUUAUUUACUGUCUUUUUUGCAGUGUGUCAAAUACGAUGUAACAAUUGUAUUGAUCGUGUAAAUGGACGAUAUACGAUAAUGUGUUAAGAACCUUGCUGUGAAACAAUGUCAAACAAUACUGUCGGCUCGUCGGGGCAUGCUCCCGGCAAAAUACGUGGACCUGGAAGACCGCCUAAACGUACAUGUACUUGGUGUGCUGAGAGCAAAACUCCUUUAAAGUAUGUUUUACCAACCGAAAAUGGGAAAAAAGAAUUCUGUUCCGAAACGUGUUUGUCAGAAUUCAGACAGGCAUAUAGCAAAGGCGCUUGUCUUAAUUGCGACAAUGUUAUUCGCGGUAAUGCUCCUUCCAGUAGCAAAAACUUCUGCUCAACGUAUUGUUUAAAUAAAUACCAAAAGAAGAACGAAAAACGAACAACUUCUCCACAGUCUGGCAAUGGAGCAAAUGGUACUGAAAAUCAUCCCAAUAAUAAUUCCGCCGGAUCAUUUUAUGAUAUUUAUCAGUUGUUUGAUUGGAAUGAGUAUAUGAAAGAAACAAACAGCGCUGCAGCACCACAAGAUUGUUUUAAGCAAGCUCCAACACCACCAGUGAAUGAUUUCAAAGUAAACAUGAAACUGGAGGCCUUAGAUCCUCGAAACCUAACUUCCACUUGCAUAGCUACAGUUGUAGGUGUUUUAGGGCCGCGGUUGAGGUUAAGACUCGAUGGAAGUGAUAACAAAAAUGAUUUCUGGAGGCUGGUUGAUGCUGGGGAUAUACAUCCUAUUGGUUACUGUGAAAAGAAUGAUGGUAUGUUGCAGCCACCGCUUGGUUUUCGUAUGAAUGCUAGUAGCUGGCCAAUGUUCUUGCUCAAGACAUUAAAUGGAGCAGAAAUGGCUCCAGCUAAAGUAUUUCAAGAAGAACCACCCACACCUAAAUCAAAUGUAUUUGUUGUUGGUCAAAAAUUAGAGGCUGUUGAUAAAAAAAAUCCCCAGCUUAUUUGCUGUGCAACUGUUGGGGCGGUUAAAAAUGACCAGAUACAUGUUACUUUUGAUGGUUGGAGAGGUGCUUUUGAUUACUGGUGUAGAUAUGAUUCAAGAGAUAUUUUUCCUGUUGGAUGGUGUGCAAGGGCAGGUCAUCCCUUGCAACCACCAGGUCAAAAAAGUGCUAGUGCACCAUCUAGAUUUAAGUUCCGAACAAGUGGUAUCCCUAAUCCUGCCUUACCGGAAGGUGGAUCGACAGGUACGGGAAACACUAAUGGAACAAAUACAGUUACUCCUAUUGCAAAUGUGGUGUUGCGUCUUCGGAGUAGCUGUUCUGGUGGUAGUUCUGCAUUACCAACUUCGGUGACAGGAGUGGGUGCUUCUGGUGCUGCUGAAAACCUUGUCAAGGAAUUGCUCAAUUCUCACUCAGACCCACAGAAAUUGACUCGGGCAAUACUCACUGCAUCAAGUAGUUAUUCAAAUAUAACAAAUGUACAGGUUUCUUCAGGAAGUAAAAGUUACUCAGUAAAAGUACCAUUGGAGUUGACAACAGAAGAAUUAAAAAAUUGGUUGAAGUUAGUUUGUGCUGGUGUUGGAUGCUGUGUUGGAAUGAUAGAGAUAGAUACAGGAGAGGCUGCUGGCCGGCCCUGCACACUGUGUGGUGAAUCUACAUCUAACACUGUUACAUCGGCUGCUCCUGUAAAAAGGGCAAAAAGUGAGUCACCUACUGGUAGCCCAGUGAAUGGUUCUGGGGAGACAUCAGGCGGGAAGAUGGCGCGCGUGUCGCCCGAGAGGCCGGAGCCCGCGUCGUCCACGACGGGCGCGCCGCCGCCGCCCUCGCCCACCACGGCGCCCGCCGACUGGUCCGUGGAAGAUGUGAUAGGCUUUAUAGCCGCCGCUGACCAAGCUCUAGCGGCACAUGCUGAUCUCUUCAGAAAACAUGAAAUAGAUGGAAAAGCCCUGCUAUUACUGAACUCAGAUAUGAUGAUGAAAUACAUGGGACUUAAGCUUGGCCCAGCAUUGAAAAUAUGUAAUUUAGUUUCGAAAAUUAAAAAUCGUCGACACUAUAGCACUUAGUUAUAAAACACUAGUAAGUUUUGAAACUAUGAGUUUCUGUUUUAAUAGUGUAAAAUAUAGCAUUUGCUUAAAGUAUUUUUGCAAGCAUUUCAUACAAAUAACUAUUUCUCUUGCUAUGUAUAACUUCACGUUGAAUCUCUGCAUCAAAUUGUUUAUAAAAAUAAUCACAUUAAAAGGAACAGUACAAAAAUUAAGGACAGUUCUAUUUGAAGGUUAUUUAUGACUAUUUAAAAUUAUUGAUUUUAUAAAACCAAACGAACAUUGUUCAGAGUUUUAAAGUGUACAAUUUAACUAUUUCUUGUAAGAUAAAAUAAUAGUAUAGUCAUGUAAAUAAAGUAUUUUCAUUGAGUGAACAUGCAUUUAAUGUAGUUUGUACUCAUUUAGCAGCAUGAAAUUGUAUUAUCGUAAGACUUGAGAGUUUGUUAUACAUUUUGCUUUAUUAUUUGUUAUUUCUCUUGUAUAUACUUUAAAAGAAUUGGCUAGUCGUAUGCAGUACUGUGCAUAAUUAAAUAACGCCUAACGGUUAUUGUAGCCCAUGCAAUUUGGUUGAGUAAAACUUUUGGAUCAGUAUCGUAAAUAUUAUUCAUUCGAACACCGGAACAAUAUCCUUAUAUAAAUAUUAACACGAUAUUGAAUCCAGUUGAAUUAUAAAUGUCAUUUGUAAUAACGAAAGAUUAAAUUCUAUACAAUGUACAGAAAUUUUAUUGUAGAUUAGGGUCUUAGUGCCUUUCAAUAAUUAGGUGUACUUAAAAUGCCUGUCCCUCUAGGAGCAAGUGCUCCGACCUCAUUGAAAUGAUAACUCCAAUAAUAAUAAAUAUAUUUAGGAAAUAUUGUCGACAUAACUUAUUUAAAAAAAAAUAUUUACAAUGUCAUUAGAAUCUGUGUUUGUUAUAGAUAUUGAUAUGACCCUGUCUAUUUUAACUAGUGAUGUUCCUCGUUUGUCAUUUUGAUGUUUUUUUUUUUAUUUGACAAGCAAUUAUUUCAUGUAUAUCUUUAUAUGUUUCAUAAUAAUAAUAAUAAAUAUAAUUUGCCAUUUGAAGGGUUAUUAUAAUGUGAUAUUUCACUGUUAUCUGUUAUAGUGAUAAAUAAUUAAAAUAUAAUAAAAUUAUGUUGCAUUAUAAAUUAAGUGAUAUUCUAAGUUUAUACAUGACAUAACUACUAAGGUGUAGAACAUUAUAUCAUUGGCGCGUUGCCCAUAUUGUUGCUGUAAAUAUUUUUAAUUUGUAUUUCGAAUGUAUUUUUUUUUUAAUUUAAUUCAAGUUCCAUUAAUUAGCUUUUACAUAGAACAUAAUGAUUGCAUUUUUUCAUAAAAAUAAAUAUUUGCGAUUUCAGUCUGGUGUUGUGACUUUGAUUAAUUUAGUAUUUGUUUUUUUUUUUUUCUUGUUUAAAUAAUUAUUAUUUAUGAGUCAAUAUUUUAAAAGAUAUCAUAAAAUGUAGCAAUAAAUAAUGUGUUAUCUAAUAUAUGUAUUCACUGUUUCAGAGUACACGCGAUUAUAAUGUAUGGGUCUGUAAAUAGUACAUAGGUACAAUAGGGGGAAUGUGAAAGUAUUUUCACAUUACAAAGCUAUUAUUUUAUUACGGUAGAAUUUUUAAUAAUUUUAUGUAAAUA